AUGGCUCUAAGAAAUAAAUCUGUAGAAAAAGACAGUGAUGACAAGAAUCGGAGAAGUUGCUCUGAAAAAGUUAGCAGAGGAAAUACAACUUGUAGCCAACAAAGUACAGUUGUAAAACUACCAGUAAUAGCACCAUUUGCAGGUACCACUAAAAAAAUUGUAAUGGCAAAGCGCCCAGCGCCGCCCCAGAAGCCAAGAUACAGUAAGUCUGGUUUCCAUGUUAGUAGCUCCUCUACCUUAGUAGAAAAGACAAAACCUGUUAGUAAAGUACAGGAGGGAGUGCAUAUGUUACAGAUGUAUCAACAGCAUUUAAAAGGAGAUAGAACUGAUGAACCAGGCACUGUGAUAAAAGAUAGUGAUGAAUUAAGGUCUACAGAUUCUGAUACAAGUAAAAGCAUUUCAAGAAAGGGAAAAAUAACUGGGGAAAGUUGUAAGAAGAGGAGCAGAAUUAUUUCAAAAGCAAAGCAACAAGAUUUAGAUGUUGAAUUGGGAGGAGUGCUGAGAAAAGGAAGCAAGGAGCCAAGUGUGAGGUCUGCUCAAGAACAGUUGGAAGAGGCAAGAUAUGUGACUAGACCAGACACUUUAAAAAUAUAUGAGAAGAACUUCCAGCAGAGCAAACCUGAAGAGCCUACUUCCACACCGGCACCGCCUGUGAAAGUGGUUGCAAGGUCUACUGAUGAAGUAAUUGCUUCCCCACAGUCUACUUCUCCAUCCCCCUCAGACCAGACGAUCAAAGAACUCCUGGAGAGUGUUCUUGGCCAGAACUACAACAUAAAAAUGGAAGAUCCAUCCUCCGAUGUGCUACAGGUGGAAGGAAAAGCAAUACAAAAAAUUAAAGCAGAUGAAGUUCAGAAAGAGCAACAAGAGGAACAUGACUUGCAACAAUCUUUGGCUUGUCAGGCUUCAAAUCCCAAAAUUUGUUAUGAAGGCAUUCCCAUUUCAGAGCAACUCCAGAAUAAUCAGACAGAUGGGAUUCAGUUUCUUCCACCUCAUAUAUCAAGAAGUCCUGCUGAAUGCCAGAAAGCAGCUGAAUAUUGUGUUAAAAAGCCACAACUGCAACUGUUAGGAGAGAAAGUUUCCAUGUAUCCAGAAGCUUUAAAAAUGUUUUUCGCUCCAGCCCCACCAAAAUUCUCUGCUCCGAUUUCUUCUUUAAAAGAAAUAUUAUUUCCUACAUAUGAGAGCAAUGCUUUUGAAGGUGUUCUAUUUGAAGACUUUUUCACUGAUCAUGAAGAGUUAGAAGAUGAAGAAGAUGAUAGUUUCUAUGAUUAUGGACUGGCAAAAAGUUUACUAAGAACAAGAUGCCAAUCCUUGCCUGAUUUUUGUGAGAGGCAGAGCUCAGAGGCGGUAUCGAUUAAAAGAUCGGCCUCAGCUCUGGAAUUGACUACUUUCAAACAUAAAACUAAAUUAAAUAUUUCAGCUGAUUUCAAGACCAGUAUGAAAGAGUUGCAGGUGAUGAAGCAACGGAUGGCUGAGGCAGAGAUCAGGAAGAGCUCCCCUACCAAGCAUCUAUUGAAUCAGAUCUGUGAUGAUCCUCAGUCAAUGCAGACAGACAUACCAGUAGAAAAAAUGCCCACUUUGAUGGGACAAGAGGAUAAUGAGAAUGACAUUGUUCUCGUGGAGCAAACUCAAAAGCCUGGGAUUAAAUGCACUGUUUUCCAAAGAAGAAAGACAACAAAGAAAUCAAAGAAAAGAAUAAACCCUAGAAAAUUAGAAGCAGUGAUGAAGACAUUAAGUCAACCUCCAAAGAUUCUUAAAAGGUCUGUGUCUCUGGGAAGACUUCCUAUUCAUGAUAAAUUCAGUAUCAAGGUAUCUUCAGCAAUCAAACAAUACCAAAGCCCCAGCAUCCCUUGUUUGCUAGAUUUUGCCAGGUUUGCAAAAGUGAGGGGUGGAAUUCCAAAAGGAACUUCUGCUCGUGUGUGGGUCAGUGGAAUAUGGAACUGCUGGCUUGAAGAAACUUUACCUUAUAAAUCUGCUUCUGAGGAUAAGGAUGCUGAAUUACUAACAGGAACUGAGACGGUGCAAGAACCAAAUCUACAAAUAGAAUUGCUUGACUCUAUACAGCCUGUUCUUCCUGAAGAUGCAAGAGUUAGUAUUGAAGAUUUAGAAAAAGAAGUAAGACAACUGACUGAGCUAAUAGAGGAGCAUCCUUCAGCUUUUCACUACUGCAGGCGUGGAGCAAUACAAAGAAAGUUAGGCAAGUUAAAGUCAGCUAUGGAUGACUUGGAAAAAGCUAUAAGCUUAGAACCACAACUACUUAAUGCUUACUGGCAUAGACAUUUGAUUUACCUAUUUCAAGAGAGAAUUUCUGAUGCUCUAGAUGACCUGAAUUUUAUAGUUAAAUGGAGCAAAAACAAAGUAGAUACUUACCUGUCGUUGGCUGAAAUUUACAGAAAACAGGGUAAAAAUAGAUUGGCAAUCAUCAAUUAUAGCUCUGCAAUACAAUGCAGCCCUACUGAUGAUGACAUUUAUUUUAAGAGAGCCGAGUUGUAUUUUGAGGAAAAUGAAUUGUUAUUGGCCAUGAAGGAUUAUACCAAGUGUUUUCACUAUAACCCAAAAAGAACAGAUGCGCUUAUGAAACAUGGAAUACAUUUAUUUAACUAUUCAGCUCUGACUACAGCUAUUCAGGAAUUUACAGCUGUGAUCAAGGAAGACCCCAACAAUGCUCAGGCGAGGCUGUAUCGAGGAAGAGCGUAUGCAAAGCAGCAGCAGUACAGGAAUGCAAUACAAGAUUUAGCAGCAGCAAUUCAUCUGGAUCCUUCUUGUUGGUUAGCAUUCUACUAUAGAGGCUGCAUACUACGACAGGUUGAUCCAAAAAGAGCUGUGCAGGACUUCAGUGUUUCUGUACUCAUCAAUGACACUUGGGAAAAUUUCCGUUCUUUUCUUCAUCGUGGGAUUGUUUACUCAGAACAGUGUCAAUGGUCACUUGCAAUCUGUGACUUUCAAAGUGUUCUAGCUUUGGACAGCUCUGUCUUCUUUGCUUACCUAACCAUUGGUUUGAUACUGCUGUUGCAUCUUGAUCAGUACUACGAAGCUAUUCGACAAUUCAGUAAUGCCAUUCAAACUGAUCCUCUCAAUGUUCGAGCCUACGUGUGCAGAGCACAAGCCUAUCAUAAGAUUCAUGAUUUAUCAAAUGCUGUGAAGGAUAUAAAUCGAGCCAUUCAUCUUUACCCAAAUAAAUCAAAACUUUGCUUGUUAAGGGGACAGUAUUUAAUGGAGUUGAAGAAAUAUGAGCUGGCAAGUUUAUGUAUUCACCAACUUGCAGAAAUGGAUGAAGGUAGCAUCAAUUUGCCAUCAGUUUUCCUAGAAAGUUGUGAAGCAUGGCAACAGUCUCCCGCUCAGCAAGCACACAUUCAGUCAUUUUGUCAAAAACAAGAUAAGGCCAUCGACUGCUUACUGGAAGCUAUUGCAGCAAAGCCUGACCCUUCAAUGUUUGUUAUUUUAGGAAAAAUACAAAUGAAAGACAAGAAAAUUAAGGAUGCUGUGAGAAGUUUUAAAAAAGCUAUGAAGCUCCUGAUGACUUCAGCAAAAAAUAUGCCUAAAACAUUUGAGGCUGCAGAAAUGUAUUAUCUCACAGGCCUGUGCUAUAUGGAGCAAAAAAAUCUAUUACGGGCCAGUGAUGCUUUUAGUAUGGCUAUCAGACUACAUUCAAAUUACCCUGAUGCUUUUUAUCAGCGAGGGCUGUGUAGAAUGCAUCUCAGAAAAGCCAACUGCAUCCAAGAUUUCAAUCGAGCACUUGCCCUUUGUCCGUCACAUUUCCAGGCAUAUAUGAGUCGUGCUGCUUACUAUGGGAGUAAAGGUAGAUACUCUAAGGCAAUUCUGAAUUGCAAUGAGGCAAUCAAAAUUCUUCCUGACAGUGUGCAAGCUUAUUUUUACCGAGGAACUUUAAAGUAUCAAAAUAAGACAUUUAAAGCUGCAAUUGAAGAUCUUUCAAAAACUAUCAACCUCAACAAGACCUGCAUUUUUGCAUAUUAUAACAGAGCUACCUGUUACCAGGAAAUAAAGGACUUCAAAAAGGCUUUGAAAGAUUAUGGAAUUCUUCUUCUGCUUGAGCUGAGUAAGGAAAUAUCUUUUAAAGUGUUAAUUAAUCGUGGACUGGUCUACGUGGCACUUGAAGAUUAUGCUAAUGCAUGUGAGGAUUUUAAAGAAGCAAUGUUGCUUAGUCCAGAUGAUAGCCAAAUCUUUCAAGCUAUUGGAGUCUGCUGCUAUAAACUUCAUGAAUUUGAAGAAGCUGUAAGAUCAUUUGACAAGGUUCUCAAACUAGAUCCUCUUUCUGUGGAUGCCUAUGUUGCACGAGGAAAGUUGUACAUGGAAAGUGGCCAUGAAGCUGGUUGUAAACAAGCACAGAAAGAUUUCUCAAGAACAAUUCACCUGAAUCCAUUGUGUAUAGAAGCCAGAAUUUGCUUAGGAUACAACUUGGAGGCUGUUGGAAAACUUCAGAAAGCUUGGAGCCAGUUUACAGUUGCCAUUUGCAUUGACCCAAAAUGCAGUGCUGCAUAUGAUGGACGAGCUUCUGUCUGUCUUCAAAUGGGUGAAGCUUUUGCUGCAUUUCAAGAUACAAAUGCUGCAUUAAAGCUCACUACCACUGCUCUGCGGCUAACAAAUCGGGGUGUUAUCAAUCAGGUAAUGGGAUAUCCAUCCUGUGCCAUGAAGGACUAUCAACAAGCAAUUUCUGUUGACCCCAACUAUGCAUUAGCCUAUUUAAAUGCAGCAAAUCUGUACUUCUGUAAUCGGCAGUUUUCGCAAGCUCAUUGCUAUUAUUCCAAGGUAUUACAACUUGACCCAAGAAAUGAAUCUGCUAUUAUGAAUCGUGCCAUUACAAAUACUUUACUAAACAAUAUUGAAGAAGCAAAAGAAGACUUUGAGAAGGCAAUUUGUCUUUGCCCAUUCUCUGCAGAAGUGUAUUUUAACAGGGCCAACUUCUAUAAUGGAUUAAAGCAAUAUAAACUAGCUGAGAAAGACAUUUCAACAGCAUUGUCAAUUCAGCCUAACAAUGCCUUGAUGUAUAAAUUUAGAGCUGAUAUUCGUGGUAAAUUGGGUUUCAAUAAAGAGGCUGUAGAAGACUACAGACAAGCAAUCAGCAUUCAAGAUCAAACUCAUUCAAUGUGA